AUGAUUAUAUUUGGAGUAGCAAAACGAACAAAUGUGCUUUUCAUGUGGUCUGCUGCAACAAACUUCACUCCACUCUUGGGUGCUUUUCCCUCGGAUUCCUAUUUAGGUCGAUUUCUCACCAUCGCCAUUGUUUCUCUCUCCUCUUCAAUUCUUCGCCUACCAAGAUUCACUAAAACCGGGUUUCUGAACAAAGCUUGUUUAAUAAAUAACCGCGAGGAGGAGAUUGGGUCAGACGGGUUCGCUUUGAACCCAUGGGGGCUAUGCACAACAGACAAAGUAGAAGAGCUUAAGGCAUUGAUCAAAGUCAUACCGAUAUGGUCCACAGUUGCUGCAAGCGACGUCCAUGGACAGGCGUCUGAGCCGCCAUGGUUCAAGCUUUCAAAUUCCAGCAGGAUCAUUCGGUAUGUUCACAAUCAUAGCUUAGUUUCAAAGAUCCGAGGCAGACCUUUUAGACUCAGCGUUAAGCUAAGGAUGGGAUUAGGGUUAUUCAUGUCAUUCUUAGCAAUGGCGAUUUCCGCAAUGGUCGAAAGCUUGAGAAGGAAAAAAGCUUUGAGCCAAGGGUACGCAAACAAUGCCGUUGCUGUCGUUGACAUCUCAGCGAUGUGGCUCGUGCCACAAUAUGUGCUACAUGGAUUAGCAGAGGCUCUUACCGCAAUAGGACAGACCGAGUUUUUCUACACCGAGUUUCCUAAAAGCAUGUCUAGCAUCGCAGCAUCACUAUUCGGUCUAGGAAUGGCUGUGGCGAGUCUACUGGCAAGCGUGAUCCUCAGUGCGGUGAAUCAUCUAACCUCAAGAAAUGGUAAAGAGAGUUGGGUUUCAGACAACAUAAACAAGGGUCAUUACAACUAUUACUAUUGGCUACUCGCCAUCAUGAGCUUCAUCAAUGUGAUCUAUUACGUGAUAUGUAGCUGGUCGUAUGGUCCUUUGGUCGACCAGAUGAGGGACGGUAGGGUUAACGGUGUGAGAGAGGAAGAGGAGUUGCUUGACAUUGUUGGUAAAGGCUUCGAGAAAGAAGAUCUAAGUGAAGUUGUUAAAAAAAUUUAA